AUGUUUCUGCCUCUCGAAAGAGAGCUUUCUCCUCCGCUUCCUCUCUUCGCUGGUGGAGGCAGUGUACUUUUGAUCUGGAAGGAUGGCUUUGCCUCCUAUGGUCCAAACUGUGGUGGUGGAGACGGGCUCCUCCGUCGAAAUCUGCCUAAAUCUCUCUCUCAAGCUUCUGAUGGCAAAAGUGAGGGUGAUCUGGUGUUUGAUCGGAUCUACAGUGGUGUGCUCGUGGGUGAAACGAAUGGUGGCGCUUGGAGAGCUGAUGGAUCUGAUCGGAUCUGGAAUUUGGCUUACAAGAGGCUGAGUUUUCCGGCUGAUGGUAGCGCUUUCUGGCACGGCUGGGAUCGAUCGUUUCUGUUGGAGGACAACGGAAUCGGUUGUGCUCUCGAUUCUUCUUUGCCGGCAGAGGUGGAUGACAGGCUGGCAUUGGGCGUCGAGUAUGGUGGUGGGGUUCGUCCUCUUCUGCUUGAAUGGGAUCCGUUUCUGUCCGGGUUUCUUGCUGGUAUGGGUGGUGGUCUUCAGGAGGAGGCUAUCAGUGAUGGUGGUCGUGCAGGGGUCAAACUCCGGCGAGUGGUGUAUGACGGCGGCAGCUUGACUACAGUCUCAUCUAGGGUCAGUGAAGGCUAUAUUAGCAACAAGAAAGUGAAAGUUAUAGUAGUAACAAGUCCAGGUGGUCCGGAUGUUCUCAAAGAAAUCGAGGUGCCUGAACCAGAACUAAGGGACGAUGGAGUCCUGAUAAAGGUGGCGGCCACCGCCCUGAAUGAGUCUGACCUUACUGCGAGGACGAGGUCUUUGCCGCCGAUGCAAAGGGAGUACCUAGGUCUGGAAUGUGCCGGAACGAUCGUGAAAGUCGGGAAAGACGUCCAACGAUGGAAAGUCGGCCAAGAGGUGUGUGCUGUUCUUAGUGGAGGAGGAUACGCUGAGAUGGUAGCUGUUCAAGAAGGAUUAGUAUUUCCUAUCCCCAAAAGCAUUUCUGUGGAGGAGGCUGCUAGUUUCCCUCAGGUGGCUUGUAGUGUUUGGGCCGCACUUUUUACUGAAGACAAGCUAUCUUCUGAAUAUUGGUUACCUGCUGGUAGGAACAGUCGGCUAAUUGCCGGUGAAACUAUAUUGGUUCAUGGGGGAUCCGGGGGAAUUGGUUCAUUUGCAAUACAGUUAGCAAAAGCCCGGGGUGUAAAGGUGAUUGUCACAGCAGGUAGUGACAAGUUAGAGUUUUGUAAGACAAUUGGAGCUGAUGCAUGCAUCAGUUUCAAUUACAAGGACAAGGAAGAUGACUUUAUUGAAAGGGUAAAUAGAGAAACAGGUGCCAACAAAGGUGUUGAUGUCGUCUUGAGUAGCCUCCCGAUUGAAUAUAUGGCGCGGAACCAUGCCUGUGUUAAGCAAGGUGGGACAGUUAUUAAGAUCAAUGGUUGUUGGAUGCUACCAAAAGAUACUUGUGCUAGCACUCCACAGGCAAAAAAAGUGAAUUCUGAGCUUCAGGCGAACUUCAACAUAGGAGUGGCUGGCUUUCGGUUUAGAAAUCUAGAAGAGAGAGCAAAAGUUGUCGAGGAGGUAAAGAAGCAUGUGUGGCCAUUAAUAGAAGCUGGUAAGGUAAAACCUGUUGUGCAUCACCGUUUUCCAUUCGCGAAAGCAGCAGAGGCUCACCGGCUCAUGGAGAGUGGCAAGCAUUUCGGAAAGAUCCUGCUUAUUCCUAAUGACAGAUUUGAGAAUUGAAGGAUAGGAGAACAGAGUUAGAGAGGAGAAGUUGGAAAAACUUGGGGAUGAUUUAAACCGGCGACUUCAAUUGCAGGAAUCUAAUUGCAGUUAGUUAAUCGUAUACAGACUUUCAUGAGCAAGAUUUAGACCAAGCACAUUAGCAAAUUUUGUGUUUAAACUAAUUAGCAGCAUAUACUGAGCAAGACUUCUUUUAUCCAUUUCCUGACUGUUGAGAAUUAGGAAUAUUUGUAUUCACUGAUUAGUACGUAUUGCUUUGAUAUCCUUGGUUUA